CUGCAAAGAAUAGUUUCUUACUCUUUACUCGAUUAUUCUACCCUAAUGACUAAACUUUGAACUGAAAGGAAAGGCGCAUUCAUACAGCAUUUUUGCAGAGGGACGCUCGAGUUUAAGGAGAAAAAGAGAAUUACGCCGAAACACAAGCAGCAGAAAACGACACCUGUAUCGGCUAGUGACCAUGGCAGCGAGCACUCAGGCUUUUCACGUGCCGACCCCCCUGCUGGAGAGUCUGGAGCUGUCCAAGCUGGCCGGGACCACAGUCUACCUCAAGAUGGACAACGCCCAGCCCUCGGGGUCCUUCAAGAUCAGGGGCAUCGGUCACUUGUGUCAGAAGGUUGCCAGGACCGGGUGUAAAGGAUUUGUGUGUUCCUCAGGGGGGAACGCUGGCUUAGCUGCAGCCUUUGUUGCAAAGAAGCUGGGAGUUCCAGCUACCAUCAUCGUCCCCGACUCCUCCUCCGACCUCGUUAUCCACAAGCUGAGGGACCACGGAGCCACGGUGCAGGUGUUCGGGAAGGUGUGGGAUGAUGCUAAUGAGGAGGCGCACAGACUGGCUGACUCCGAGGGCUUGCAGUACGUCCCCCCCUUCGACCAUCCCCUCAUCUGGGAAGGUCAUGCCAGCAUUGUGAAGGAACUCAAGGCCUAUCUGCCGACCAAGCCUGGGGCUAUAGUAGUGGCAGUAGGGGGAGGAGGGCUGCUCUGCGGGGUAGUGGAAGGCCUGAAGGAGGUGGGCUGGGAAGAUGUCCCCAUAGUUGCCAUGGAAACCAAAGGGGCUGACUGCCUAAAUGCAGCAAUGAAAGUGGGGAAGUUGGUCACCCUUCCAGACAUCACAAGUGCAGCGAAGUGCCUGGGAGCCAAGACUGUGUGUACACAAGCCUUUGAGUACGCCCAGCAGGGGAGCAUCAUCUCUGAGGUCAUCAGCGACCUGCAGGCUCUGCAGGCCGUGGAGCGCUUUCUAGAUGAGGAGCGUAUUCUGGUGGAGCUGGCCUGUGGUGCAGCUCUGAGUGCAGUGUACAGCGGAGUGACCCGCCGGCUGCAGGAAGAAGGCCGGCUGCCAACUCCACUGGGCCCCCUGGUGGUCAUCGUGUGUGGGGGGAGCAGCAUCAGUCUGGCCCAGCUGCAGGAGUACCAGAGACAAAUCCAGGGCUAGAGCCAGGGAGGCAGGGGAGAGAGGAAGACUGAGGGGGAGAGUGAGGGGGAGACUG